CAUACAUCGGAGCUCCUCUUCCUCAGCUGUUGGAUGCUGCGUCAGGAGGAGCGAGCUUUCUUCUGGAUGGAGACCGACUGAGCAGCCACCAAGGUCCGGGGAGAAGGAGCGGACAGAGAGGGUGUCCCACGGACGGACUAAGGUUUCACCUCACUUCACCUCACCCGUGACCGGAAAAGGGUGUGUCUCCAAAAUCGUGCGCAACAUGCACGCUCCUGGGAGCGUCUAGCGAGCGCUCGACUCGGCUGCAGAGAUGGACUUGGUGGGGGCGGAGCGCCGCAGGCCCACCCCGGCUCAGACGCCCGAGGAGAGGGACGUGUGGAGGGAUGGAAUGAGAGGCGGCGGGUGGAGGGAUGCGGGCAGAGAAGGAUGGAGGGAGGGACGAGAGAGCGGCGUGGUGCAGAGCUACAGUUUUGACUCCUACCAGCUGGAGGAGGAGGAGAUGAGCAAAGACGUCCCGGAGAGAGGAGUUCUGGCGCUGUCGGAGACCGACUUUGAGGAGCCGAUCCCUGACGACCGUUACCAUGGCAUCUACUUUGCAAUGCUAUUGGCUGGGGUUGGCUUCCUGCUGCCCUACAACAGCUUCAUCACAGACGUGGACUACCUUCACCACAAGUUCACAGGGACAUCCAUCGUGUUUGACAUGAGUCUGACGUACAUCCUGGUGGCACUGUUGGCCGUCAUCCUUAACAACGUGCUGGUGGAGAGACUCAGCAUGCACACCAGAAUCACUGUGGGCUACGUCUUAGCAUUGGGGCCUUUGGUGUUUGUCAGCAUUUUCGACGUGUGGUUGGCUAAGUUCACCACCAGUCAGGCUUAUGUCAUCAACCUGGUCUCAGUGGGAAUUGUCGCCUUUGGAUGCACAGUGCAGCAGUCCAGUUUCUAUGGUUACAUGGGGAUGCUGCCCAAGAGAUACACACAAGGGGUGAUGACCGGAGAGAGCACCGCAGGGGUCAUCAUCUCCUUAUCUCGCAUCUUCACCAAGCUGCUGAUCCCGGAUGAGAGGAGGAACACUCUCAUCUUCUUCCUCAUCUCCAUCGGCAUGGAAAUGCUGUGCUUCCUGCUUCACCUGCUCGUGCGACGCUCCAGGUUCAUCCGCUACCACACCGGACACGCACAGGGCAAAGGUCAAGGCAAAGGUCACGACCCCCGCGGCAACGGCAGCGGCUACAGGGUCCACCACGACGUCACAGCGGAGGACGUUAAAUUUGGCAAUGGUGGGAGUGGGCCUCCUUUAACAGAAGAAAACGGCGAGGACUUUGUAGGUGGAACAUAUGUGCGAUUCGAUGCCCCGAAAUCCAAAAUAAAGAGAACCUGGCCUGGUGUAAGAGACAUGAUUUUGCACCGUUACGUGGUGUCCCGUGUCAUCUGGGCCUACAUGCUGUCCAUAGCGGUGACCUACAGCAUCACUCUGUGCUUGUUUCCCGGCCUGGAGUCCGAGAUGAGAAACCCCACCUUGGGGGAGUGGCUACCUAUCCUCAUUAUGGCCACAUUCAACAUGGCAGACUUUGUUGGCAAGAUCCUAGCAGCGCUGCCGUACGAUUGGUCUGGAGGUCGUCUACUCUUCUUCUCUUGCCUGAGAGUGGUCUUCAUCCCUCUCUUCAUCAUGUGCGUGUACCCUGCCUACGCACCCACCCUGGCCCACCCCGCCUGGCCCUGUCUCUUCUCCUUACUCAUGGGCGUCACCAACGGCUAUUUUGGUUCCGUGCCCAUGAUACAAGCCGCUGGCAAAGUGGCACCCGAACAGAGGGAGCUCGCAGGGAAUGUGAUGACCGUGUCCUACAUGGCAGGCUUGAUGGUGGGCUCCGCCGUGGCGUACGUGGCGUACAGCUUCACCGCUCCUCCGGGACAAGGCUUCCCACCGCUCAACGCUAACAUGACCAAUUUUUGAAUGUGGUAAAAUACGCAAAAAAGAAAACGUAACACGAGCAGCAGGAGAGAGUAAAUAAUGUAGCAUAUCUCAGCACUCUUCCCAUUCGAAUGGGAUGUGAUGAACUUUAACCCUGAACUCUUCAGUGGUCAUCCUUUGGAGUGUUUCACUGUGAAAUUAUUCUGUGUGUGUGUGUGUGUGUGUGUGUGGCUGGCAUCGAUACAAGCCACUUUUAUGUGUUGCUGCAGGAUUCACACGUCCCCUAAAUGCAUCGUGCAGAAACUAAACAGCUGACUUGAAAUUAUUCAACUUAACGUACAAACAAUCGUUCAAUAGAUGACAAGUGUGACCGCUUGCAGUAUUGCCGACUUUGCAAAUGAAUAAACUUUGAGGUUUAAGUACAAGUUGGAAUGCAAUGUCAUGAUAUAAAUAAUCUGUUUUAACCAUCAAAAUAAUAUUCAUUAUAUUUAAAAGGCCACAAUUUAAUCAAUUGCUCAAAAAAGGCAAACAUCUGAAUAGUACAAAAAAAUGCAUCUAGUCACUUUUGUCUUUUUGUCUUAUUUGCGUGUUCAAUUGCUGCAUUAUGAAGGAAAUGUUUAUUAUUAUAUUAUUGCUUCAUCAAUAAGUUGUAAUGAUAAACACCUGCUGCUCAGUGUUCUUUGUAUUGUAAUGUAGUGAUUACUUUGGCUCCCUCUAGUGGCCAUAAAUGGAAGCGAUAUUCGGAUGUGGAGAGCUGUUGAAUUCAAAUGCUCUCGUUUUGUUUGCUUUUUGUUUGAGGGUUACAACAAUGAUAGUGCCAAAACCUUUAUCGUAUUAAUUAAAAAAAUAAUACAAAAUCAUGGCUAAAUGGUCUGCGUAUAAUUUAUGAAUGAUUUAUAUGUCCUUAUAAAGCUAAUGUGUCCUGUUGGAUUUGAUUAAUUUUCAAGUCACUUUUACCCCACUGUGCUGACUACUGACUGUGCCUCAUAUGCCUUUUAUUACCAUCAAUGUACAAAUAUAUAAUAUAUAUCAUCACCUCCUUUUGGCCAAGUGUGGACACAGGAAGGAGCCAACACUCAAAAAGGACACAAUAUGUUUUAAAGCUACAUGAAUUUACACCGUUUCAAAACAAAUACUGCUGAAUCCAAAGUUUCCUCUGAAUUAAAGUUCUCUUAUGUAAGCUGUGUUGAUUUAUUGUUUCGUUUAUUCUGUUCUUGAGAGUUCUUUUGAAUGUAUGUAGGACAUUUGUGGAAAAGAGACCAUGCGUUUUACAUGUGA